UUGGAUGAAUCCAAUGUUGAACGAAAGUUCCGUAAACUACAGGCUUUAUACGAAACCAAUCUGGAUUACGUAGCUUUGUCAAAAACAAAAUUGCAAGAGUUUGAGUUUUUGCAUCAGAUAGCAGAGCGCAACGCUAUACAAAAAGAGCGAGAAGCGCUGGAACUUGAAGUUGCACUCUCAACACCUCCUCAUGCUGUUCAUCUUGAAACUCAAAGACGAAUAAUUGCAUCUGAGUUUGCUAACAAUAAGAGGGAUCCCGUAGUGCUGGAGAAGUUCCUCAAAAUCAAUGAAGAGUUAUUUGAAGCAAGCCGUGUUGGUGGUAUAGCUGGUGAUCGUAGGGUCUUGGCUGAUCGUCAGAUUUCAAUUAUUGAUCAGGCAAUCUCUAGCAAUCAACGUGCUGUGGAAUUUCGGCUUAAAAGGCUUGAGUAUCUGAAAGAACUACGUCCCAAAGAAGAAUUGUUGGUUGAAUGGGAGAAGAUUUUGAAUGGCUUUGUUAACAAUUGUUCGGUAUGGGCAAAGUAUCUGGAUUAUAUACAGUUCGAUUCUGCUAACUACAGUAGGCAAGUAUUGGAUAGAGCUUUUGAUCGCUGUUUCUCGAAAUUGAAUGCUAUUCUUACUGGGACGUUCAGAUCACACAAGCCGGAGCCAAACACGGAUAACUUUCUCUUGCACACUUACAUUCGCCGGCUGUCCUGGUGGAUGGAAUCUGGUCAAACCAAUCGAGCUAUAGCCAGUAUACAGGUAAAUAAAUAA